GACUGGGUAACGUAGUGUGACUAAGGCCCGGUUUCACCAACAUCGAAUUAACACGAGAGUAGCUACCCCAAUAUAAAUUUAUUCUAACCAUUUACCCCUUGGUUAACUUCAAUUUCAUUUCACCAAGUUAGUCUGCGGAUAUCUUAAUCUUGUUUAGUUACUCUGUAACCUUGAACGAAUGGAUGGAAUGAAACUAGAACGCUACCAAGUAAAAUAGUCCGGUUGUUCCGUGCCUGAGCAAUGGCGCUCCCUAUUUUCUAAAAUUGUUUGGAUAAUGUUUUGACUUAUGCUUUGAUCAUAUUUGAUUAGUUUCCUUGUUUAUAAUUGUCAUCAAAAUAAAAAUAAAUAAAUAAGACCUGGAAAUGGCAAAUUAUAAGAGAAAGCGAUCUGCUAAUUGGAUGGCAUCAGAAAAGACGCAGCUGGUAGAUCUAGUUACUGAGCAUUUUCAUGUCAUAGAAAAUAAAAGAACCGACGGGGUUUCAAUGAAGCAAAAACUUGCGGAAUGGACGACAAUAUCCAAUAAAUAUAAUUCGCAGACAACGCUUUCCCACCGUACUGCCGAAAAUUUGAAAUCCCAGUGGGAAAGUUUCAAAAAAGCUACCAAAAAAGAAGCAUCUUUUAAGAGGAUGCAUUUAAUUAAAACCGGUAAGUGUAUGUUACAAAAUUUUUAUGGCAAUUGUAUCUAUAAAUCUACAAAAACUUGUUUUUUCUUAGGUGGUGGACCAUCAAGGCCGAAGAUUGAUGAUCCUCUUCAAGAGAGGAUCCUGGGUCUUAUAACGCCAAGUGCUGUAGGUCUACAUAAUCCGUAUGAUAAAGAUAAUGUAAACGUUACAGAAAAUAUCACGGAAUCAUUUUCAGCAGAGGCACAUAAAAAGGACGAAUUAUUACAUACAAUUCCUGGCCCUGAGGUUCAGACUAAGUCAACACACCACGUUGAUACUAAUGAAACCAUGAAUAAUGUGGUAAAGUUGCACACUUUUUACAUCAUAGAUUCAAAAAUAUUAAACAAAAAUGUUCCUUAAUUUUAGUAAAUUACC